AUGCCUCCAUCCGCCGAAGGAGAAGGUGAAGAAGAAGUCUAUCACGGCCACGCCAUCGUCGUCAAAGGCGAAUACGAUCUCUCCCGUCCCUCCUCACAGGACGGGACUAUGUCUGGUCCCGAGCUGGAACCGCUCGUUAACCAACUACUGGCGCAAAUGAACCCGCAACACCUCGAAUCGCCAGAGCCUCUCGAAGACCUACCAUCCACGAACUUCAAUAAUAGCAACAACCACCACCCAUAUGCCACACCGCAAUCCCACCAGCCUGCGCAAAGCGAGUCGAAAUCCAGGCAGCGGCCAAACGCUCCUACGAUGGAGGAACGACUGCAGCAGAUGCAGGAGAAGCGGCCGUUACCUUGGAGACCAGGGGUAGAGCCCGGGGCGGACAACGAGACCGGCGGAGAAUCACGAAGGAAACAGAUCAGGUUCGGAUGUCUUCUUGCAACGCGAGGAGAAGUGCAGACUGUUCCUUGCAAUAGCUGUGCGAAUGGUCGUGGCAAGUUCGAUGUCUGUGUUGCGUUGGAAGGGUUCUUCAAGGGCGCGUGUGCCAGUUGUCAGCUCAGUGGUCGGCCGAACAGGUGCAGUAUCAAACAGAUUGAUGAUGUCGCAGAAAGCUCACCUCAUAAUACCCCUGGAGGAGUUCCAUUGAAUAAUGGUCAAGACCCAACGUUACAACGGACACCCAGCGAUGGGCCCAAACCAAAGCGUAGGCGGAAGAAUAAUGCAGUUCCAAAUAUUGCGCCGAAUCCGCCGAAUCCACCGAAUCCAGUACCUGACUGGGAGAGCCAACGUCCGCAGUGGGAGCAAGAACUCGGAAACUCGCACGUCCAACACCAGAUGAAGGAUAUCGUGCAGAGACCUUGGGCAACUGUCAACCCCACGGCACCCGCACAAACGCCGCCGAUGAUGCUUAAUGGGGCAAACAGCACAGGGAGUGGCGCUCCGAACAGCAUCGAGCGGCCAUCCCCGCUUGGCUGGGCGACUGUAAAUCAGCACUCCCCACCUGCAGGCGGACAGAUAUUUGGAAAUGGAGAAGGAGGUAAUGGUGGAAGUUAUCAGCUGAGCGCGGAGCAGAGAGAAGAAACAGUUGUGAACGACGAUGGGUCAACUGCACUUAUCGAUACUCUACCCAAACACAAGCAGAGACAGGUCUAUGGCUUAGUGAGUGGGUUGCAAGGCGGGAUUGAACAUUUGCAGAAGGAGUUGAAUUCUUUGAAGCGAGCAUUGGGUAUUGACGAUUAA